CAUCAGCCAACCCUUUUUUUAAGCUUUUUCUCCACCACCACAAAGCUUAAAUUCCCAAAGAGUGACUUUAUAUUCAGAUACCCCCCUUUUUGUAUAAGAAUCUCCGUGCCUUAGAACAGAGAAGGCAGCCAUAGCCAUGGGGUUUCGCAAGCGAGGAGAUGAAGCCGAGAGCCAGCUUCCUCUUGUUGCCACCCUUCCCAAGCUAUCAGACGAUGCUGAAGAGCAGCAGAUAGAGAGAACUGGGUCAGCAUGGAGUGCCAGUGCGCAUAUAAUAACAGCAGUGAUCGGGUCCGGAGUUCUCUCUCUUGCUUGGAGUGUGGGCCAGCUGGGUCUGAUUGGUGGGCCCAUAGUCAUGAUUUGCUUUGCUGCAAUGACAUUGGUCCAAUCCUCGCUGCUUGCUGAUUGUUACCGAUCCCCUGAUCCUGUUAACGGCCAUAUCAGGAACCGCACCUUCAUGGAUGCCGUACGGCUGAAUCUAGGCGAGAAGAGUGUGUGGAUCUGUGGGGUUUUUCAGCAGUUGGGAUUAAUUGGCGUUGCGGUUGCCUACACCAUCACCUCCUCAACUAGCUUGAGGACAUUCCUUUCUGUUGUACAAAAAAAUUGUGUGGUAUGUAUAUAUACCUUAAUUCACCAUCCAUUUCGAAUAUGUGCAUAUACAUUCAUAAAUUGUAUAUGUAUUAUAUGUAUUUAUAUCCUACUGCGAGCUCUCUUGUGUACAAGUAAGGAAUCAAAAUCAAAGCGAGGAGAAUGGCAGUUGAGCACCCUCUUGAGAUAUCUGAAGGAUACUCUGAAAUCUCCACCUGCUGAAAACAAGACCAUGAAGAAAGCUUCCAUGGCUUCCAUCUUGAUCACCACCUUCUUCUACCUUUGCUGUGGUUGCUUCGGCUAUGCUGCCUUUGGUGACGACACGCCAGGAAACCUCUUAACUGGGUUUGGAUUCUAUGAACCUUACUGGCUCAUAGACUUUGCCAAUGCUUGCAUCAUACUUCAUCUUGUGGGAGGCUAUCAGGUCAUGCUACAGAAUUGGGCUUCUACUUCUACUUACCGUUGUUUCUCCUGUUAUGCUGCUUCAAGUUACACCACCACGGGGCUCAUUGCAUUUGCAUAUCCCUACUCUGUAAUUCUCCUAGAGAUACAGGAUACUCUGAAAUCUCCACCUGCUGAAAACAAGACCAUGAAGAAAGCUUCCAUGGCUUCCAUCAUGAUCACCACCUUCUUCUACCUUUGCUGUGGAUGCUUCGGCUAUGCUGCUUUUGGUGACGACACGCCGGGAAACCUCUUAACUGGAUUUGGAUUCUAUGAACCUUACUGGCUCAUAGACUUUGCCAAUGCUUGCAUCAUACUUCAUCUUGUGGGAGGCUAUCAGGUUUUCAGCCAACCAAUCUUUGCAUUUGUCGAGCGAUGGUUUGCCCAGAAAUAUCAUUCAAGCAGCUUUAUGAAUGACUUCCACACCAUCCACCUCUGGUACGUACAGCCCUUCAGAGUCAAGCUGUUCAGGCUCUGCUUCAGAACUCUCUACGUUGUGUCCACCACAGGUCUUGCCAUUGCUUUCCCUUACUUCAAUCAGGUCUUGGCUUUGCUUGGGUCCUUCAAUUUUUGGCCAUUGGGUAUCUAUUUCCCUGUAGAAAUGUAUUUUAUUCAGAAAAAUAUAGCACCUUGGACAUCGAAGUGGAUUUUACUUCAAGUCUUCAGUGUUGUUUGCUUGCUUGUGAGCAUGUUUGCUCUAAUUGGAUCCAUUGAAGGGAUCUUCAGCGAGAGACUAAAGUGAGUUGGUUAUUGGUGCUUGUGAAGCUGUGAUAUAUUUGUAAGAAAAUAAAAGUGAGUGAUGUUUUGUGGACUUGAUGAUGACAUGAGAGGAAGAGAGUUUAUAUUGGAUAGGGUCAUGUGUCAUGUGAAAAUAUUUGUCACUUUAGAGGUAGCUAGCUCCAUGAUCAUCUGUACAAAUAAGAAAAAUGUGUAUAAAUUUCAUGGAACUUCCAAUCAAUAUGGGUUCUUGAGGUGGAUUCAAACAUAUAUGUAUAUCCACUCACAUCUAAAGCAAAAUAAUUUCCAUAUUAAUUUCUUACAAAAAGAAGUGCCUAAGAAAAUUUUGUAUGUAGGCUAUGACAACUUCUAUUGACUAAGAAGAGUGGGGAAAUUUACAUACCUAGCACACAUUUCGUUUGUAUUUACAUGUC